AUGAAUUUGUCGGAAAUAUAUUCGUAUGAGGAGAGGGCGAUAGACACGGUGGUGUCUGUUAUAAACCGGGCCAAAGAGACGGUCGGGACUCGGCAGACGUUGAGGCAACUCGCAGGCACCCGUGACUAUUACACCUCCCCGCCUAAGGUGCCCCUGACAAGCCUCGGACCCCCCCUCGCCGUUACAAGCGAGAAGCUGAUUGCCGACACCAUCGAGAAGAAGUGGAACCUGACGAAGACCUUCAAAUACUCGCUGAAGUACAAAGGCAGCACUAAGAACGAGUGCUUGAAGUAUUUCUAUUUUGAGGCCAUGUUCAGCCAACCGACUGCAGCGUAUCCAGUGCCGCAAGCCACUGCUUCUGUGUUCUUCUGCGUUGAAGACAAGCUUAUCAGGCCACCGGAGACCAGGGGAAAUCCAAAGAUAACCUACAGAAUCGAAGGUCACCACUCUGACCACGACAUCCGUUACGUGUUGCUGCCAGCGGACUGGCUCCUUGCGGUUAUCAUGAUGAAAAUCAAACUGUUCAGAAGAAUUGAAAGCUACAACGUGUUU